AUGGGAGUUCCCGCCCUCUUCAGAUGGCUUGCCAACAAGUACCCCAAGAUCACAACCAAUGUCGCCGAGGAAAAGCCAAAGGAGAUCAACGGUGUCGUUAUCCCCAUCGACAUCACCCAACCCAACCCCAACAACGAGGAGAACGAUUACUUAUACCUGGAUAUGAACAACAUUAUUCAUCCUUGCUGUAAACCUGAGGGAAAGCCACCACCAGCGAAUGAAGAAGAGAUGAUGAUUGCCAUCUUUGCCUAUAUCGAGCGCAUUGUCAACAUGGUCCGACCCCGCAAGUUGCUUUACAUGGCUGUUGAUGGAGUUGCCCCUCGUGCCAAGAUGAAUCAGCAGCGGUCGAGACGUUUCAGAACUGCGCAAGAAGCCAAGGAGAAGGCAGCAAGUGAGGAAGCCGCAUGGGAGGAGCUUACAGCUGAGUUGAAAGCGCAGCGCCCCGAUCACGACAAGGAACAAAAGUUUGACUCCAACUGUAUUACACCAGGAACACCCUUCAUGGUCAAUCUCGGAAAGACAUUACGAUUUUGGGUCGCCAAAAAGCUGAACGAGGAUCCCGGCUGGAUGAAUAUGAAGGUUAUUCUUUCAGACGGCAGUGUCCCCGGAGAGGGUGAGCACAAGAUGAUGAACUUUAUCCGCUCCCAGCGAUCAGCACCUCACCACAACCCCAACACGAGCCACGUCAUUUAUGGAUUGGAUGCCGAUCUAAUCAUGUUGGCUCUUGGAACACACGAGCCCUACUUCAAGGUGCUUCGUGAGGAUGUCUUUUUCCAGGAGGGCAGCUCAAAGAAUAAAUGCUUUCUUUGCAACCAGACGGGACAUAUGGCUGCUCAAUGCCAGGGCAAGGCCAAGGUCAAGUCGGGAGAUUUCGAUGAAAAGGCUCCACCUGUCACUGAGAAACCGUACAUCUACCUCAACGUCAGCAUUCUCCGUGAAUAUCUCGAGGUGGAGCUCAAGGUCGAGAAUUUGCCUUUCGAGUGGGACAUUGAGCAGGCUAUUGAUGACUGGGUCUUCCUGUGCUUCUUUGUCGGAAACGAUUUCUUGCCCCAUCUUCCCUCUCUGGAGACCCGCGAGGGUGCCAUUGACGUCUUGAUCGAGAUUUGGAAGCAAGUUCUUCCAUUGAUGGGCGGGUACAUGACCCACGACGGCGAUGUCAAUCUCAAGCGCGCCCAGUUCUUGAUGACCGAGCUCGGCAAGAAGGAGGACGGAAUCUUCCAGGAACGUCGCGAGAAAGAGGAGCGUCGGGCUAAAAACAACAAGCGCAGGAAGGUCGAGGACGAGGCUAGAGCCUUGUAUGCUUCUCAACAAGGAGGCGCUGCCCUCUCCCAGAACAAAGUAUGGGAGAUGCCCGCAGUCGCCGUCAAGGGCUUGAGCAACAAGGCCGAGGCCGAGAAGGAGGUCGCUGCUCUUAACAAGAAGAUCAUGGAAGAGAAGGUUCAGAGGAGGACUAUCACCAACCAUGCCGCUGCUGCUUUGCUCAAGGCCGACCUCGCUAAAAGCGAUGAACUUGUCGGAGCAGCUGAGUCUACCGCUGCCACUGAUGCUGCUGCUGACGCCCCCGAGAAUGAUGAGGUGAAGGAAGGCGAGAAGAUGGAGACAGAGUCUACCGAGGAGAAGAAGGAGUUAGAAUCUGCAGAGGAGAAGGCAGCCGAGGAGAUCGCAGCCUCAGUAGAUACGGAGAUGACCGAGACCAACCCCCGGAAGAGAUCAAUUGCCGAGGUCGAGGACAACGAAAAUGAGGCUUCGAACGACGAAGAGGAAGAUGACACUGAAGCGGCUGCAACACCCACCCCUAUCCCUACUGCCAUCGCCAAGAAGAAGGCCGUCAACAAUGACGAAGAACCAGAGGAUAACGUCAGGUUAUGGGAGCCUGAGUACAAGGAGCGUUACUACCGCAACAAGUUCCACAUUGAGCUUUCUGAUACUGAGGCUCGCAAAGCUAUCGUCAAGAGCUACAUUGAGGGCUGCUGCUGGGUUAUGAAGUACUACAUGCAAGGAUGCCCUUCGUGGCAGUGGUACUACCCCUACCACUUCUCUCCUUUUGCUUCGGACUUUGUCGACAUUGGCGAUAUUGAGGUCAAGUUCGAGGUUGGUCAGCCUUUCCACCCUAUCGAGCAGUUGAUGGGAGUGCUGCCUGCUGCCAGUAAGCAGCACAUUCCCCCAGCCUUCCAGCCCCUCAUGUACGAGGAGGACUCGCCUAUUAUCGACUUUUACCCCGAGCAUUUUGAGAUGGAUUUGAACGGCAAGAAGUUUGCAUGGCAAGGAGUCGCUCUUCUUCCUUUCUUGGACCCUAAGCGUCUGCUGGACGCCAUGGCACCACUCUACCCCAAGUUGACUGAGGACGAAGUUGAGCGCAACAAGUUUGGUCAGGAGGUCCUUUUCGUCAGUGAGAAGAGCAAGCUCUACGACCCUCUCUGCGAUAAGCUUUACAGCUCCCGCAGCGAAGGCGAAGAGUACGAUCUGGAGUACAAGAAGAGUGGUCGUCUUUUGGGUCUCGCUAAGCGCGAUCCAUUCUGCAUUCCUCAGAGUUCUUUCCCUUCUCCUCUUGUCGAUUAUGGUCUGGAGGACAUCCCUGUUGACAAGUCAAUCAGUGUCAUUUUCUCGAACCCCAAGAUGCCCGCAGAAUACAUUCACCCCUCAUUGAUGCUUAAGGGCGUCAACUUCCCCAAGCGCGUACUUUCGGGCGACGAUAUCCAAUGGAUCAAGAGCGGAGGUGGAACUCAGAGAGGAGGUGGCCGCGGUGGCCGCGGAGGUUUCCGUGGUGGCGGCCGCGGAGGAUACAACAAUCGAGGACAGAGCAAUGGCCAGUACGGCGGCAGUUUCGAUCGCAACGCCCGAGGUGGCUCUGCAAGCUUCCGUGGCCGCGGCGGUUUCACUGCUGAUAACCGCGGUGCUUCUGACAGGACCUACCCUGGCCAGAGCUACGACCGUUCCUACAACAACAACCAGGGCGGACAAGGUGGAUAUGGCGGCUACAACGGAGGACCCAGCCAUGAUGGCUCUCGCUUCCCUCGGCAGGAUCCUUACCAAGGUUACGACUCGCGCCCUGGCCAUGUCGGCUAUGGCGGUGGACGUGGUGGCCGAGGCGGCUACGGAGACUCUGGUCACCGUGGUGGCUCACGAGGUGGCCAUGGCGGAUAUAGCGGUGGCCACCAAGGACAGGGCUACGGAAACCAAGGUGGCUACGACAACGGUGGUCACAGCGGUCAUACCGGUCACGGUGGUGGAUACAGCGGUCGUGGAAGCGAUCGCGGGCCUCACCCCUACAACAGCCAAGGAGGCAACCCUCGUGGCGGCUAUGGGGGUCACCGUGGUAACCACCAGAGUGGUCAUCAAGGUGGAUACCAAGGAAGCCAACAAGGCGAUUACGUGAAUGGAGGUGGCGGGUAUGGUGGCGGCGGACGUGGUGGCGGAUAUGGCGGUGGUGGUCGUGGAGGCUACAACAAUAACAACGCCGGCGGCGCAGGACGAUUCCCACAGCAGCAGCAGCAGCAGCAGCAACAGGCACCAGUCAUUCCUGGGUUUGCACCAGUCAACAACUACGGACCUCCUGCACCAGCCUAUGGAGCGCCACCUGGGGGAGGAUAUGCUGGAGCGUUGCCACCAGGCAUUGUGCCCGGACACGGUGCACCAGCUGCUCAGGCACCCACCCAGGGCUGGUACGGCCAUGCCAACAACCCACCGGCUCAACGUGGAGGACGUGGUGGCUUCAACAACAACCUGCCUCCCUUCCCCUAUCCUCGCCAAUAA